GCCUGCUCGGUUGCUUGUUGUGACGGGAGAAGCCGGAGCAGGAAGAGUCUGACAGGAGAGGGUCGGAGCCACCUUGACAGAUAGAUUUUCCGUGUGUCCGUCUGUCUCCCGUAUCUCCCCGUCAUGCCGCUCUUCGGCUCCAACCCGUUUGAUCAGGAUGUGGAAAAAGCCACCAAUGAAUAUAACACCAGUGAAGACUGGGGUCUCAUUAUGGACAUCUGUGAUAAAAUUGUAAAUACGCCAAAUGGUGCAAAAGAUGGCCUUAAAGCCAUAAUGAAAAGAGUGAACCACAAGGUGCCACACGUGGCUUUACAAGCUUUGACUCUCUUAGGGGCCUGCGUGUCAAACUGCGGGAAGAUCUUUCAUUUAGAAAUAUGUUCAAGAGAUUUCGCCAGUGAAGUGCGCGUUGUCAUUAGUAAGGCGCAUCCAAAGGUUUGCGAGAAGCUGAAAGCUUUGAUGGUUGAAUGGUCGGAAGAAUUUCAAAAGGAUCCUCAGUUUAGUCUAAUAUCUGCAACAAUCAAAUCUCUGAAGGAAGAAGGCGUAUCGUUUCCAACAUCAACCUCUCAGAGCGCAUCCAGUACUCCUAAAAACGGGACAUUAUCUACAAAGAACAAAGAGGAUGAAGAAAUUGCUAAAGCCAUUGAGUUAUCAUUACAAGAGCAGAAGCCAGCAGAGACGAAGCCGUUAUGCCCAUCCGUGGACCCCCAACCUGACAGUCAGAAGACGCCAAGGAAAGUCCGCGCGCUCUACGACUUUGAAGCUGUCGAGGACAACGAACUCACCUUUAAAAGUGGCGAAAUUAUCUUUGUUUUGGAUGACAGUGACGCCAACUGGUGGAAAGGGGAAAACCAUCGAGGUGUAGGACUAUUUCCAUCUAAUUUUGUGUCUUCUGCCUUAAAUGUGGAACCUGAAGUAGCUGUUGAAAAAAGCGUCGUGUUUGAAGAAAUACCAGAAAAUACCACGAGGGCCGAUCCUGAACCCGUCGUCAUUGAUGAGGGUAAAAUGGACCAGGCGUUGCACUUACUGCAGAGCAUCGAUCCCACCGACCCUAAACCGGAUUCUGCCGAUCUUCUGGAUUUAGAAGAUGUCUGCCAGCAAAUGGGCCCAAUGAUUGACGACAAGCUAGAAGAGAUUGACAGGAAACAUUCUGAACUCUCCGAACUGAAUGUGAAGGUUCUUGAGGCGUUGGAAUUAUACAAUAAGCUAGUGAAUGAAGCGCCAAUGUAUUCCGUGUACAGCAAACCAGCUCCUCAGACACAUUACAACCCAACCAUGCAGGGCUAUCACGGCCAACCACAGAGUGGGAACUAUAUGGUUCAGGGAAUGCCUCACGUUCAUCCAGCGACUCUUCCUCAGGGGUACAACAUGAACCCUGACCAGAUUGGCCCUUUGAGAUCCUUGCCUCCAAAUAUAAAUUCAACUGUGACCACGCAAGCUGCUCAGACACCAUAUCUGAGCACUGGGCAUGAUGCAGGCGCAAACCCUCCCUAUUUAAAUCAGAAUUCGGGACAUCAGUCGGCAGCGGGGGCCUACGGUCAAGCAAUGUCGCUGUCUGCAGAUAUGUCGGCGUAUCAGAACACUACACCAGCAGGAUACACGAUGGCUGCCCCUAUGCACUCUGUCUCUCAGCAGCCCCCGAGUUACUAUCAGCAGCCCCUGCUGUGAAACCAAACAUCAUAGACCCGUGUGAAGUGUUUGCUCGUAUCACAGAGUAAUAUCCAAACCUGACACAGUGGGAACAAGAAUUCCCUAUAAAACUGGACCACAAAUAAGUCUGAGAUUCCAGCAAUACUAUCGGUUCCUUUCUGCCCAUUUUUUUUGUUUUUGUUGGGGGGGGGUUAGAUUUCCUUCUUUCUAAGUAUAAGCUGCCGCUAACACUGUUAGCCUGAUAAUUUGUCAGCUUUUUAUUGAACGGCUCCAGCUGCAAGAGGUUAUAAAGUAAUUAAGCGAGUAUUAUUUGCCAAGCGGUUGGUUAUAUAGAUGCUUUAAAAAUAGAAAAA